GAAAGAGGAGAGAGACGUGUCGGCUGAGUUGGGCGCCAGAGCUCCGCGUGGUCACUUACUACUUGUCAGUUCGUUAUUUUAGAGGAUCUACGAUCUAAGGAUAGAAAGGACGAUGGCACUGUUUCGUUUUAGUUCCAAGCGAUGUCUUGAAUUACAGAAAUUGAGCAGCACCGUUACGAACUCUGUGGCCGUUCGAUCGCUAGCCGAUUCUUCGACCGACCUGAGGAAAGUCUUGUCCGAGAAGAUACCCAAGGAGCAAGAACGCGUAAAGGCCUUUCGCAAGAACCAUGGCUCUACCAAAGUUGGGGAAGUCACCGUCGAUAUGAUGUACGGUGGCAUGCGCGGUAUCAAAGGAUUAGUUUGGGAACCAUCGGUACUAGAUCCCGAAGAAGGUAUUAGGUUUCGUGGCAAAUCCAUUCCGGAAUGUCAAAAACUCCUUCCGAAAGCUUCCGGAGGGGCGGAACCUCUACCGGAAGGUCUUUUUUGGCUUCUGAUUACCGGAGAUGUUCCAACGGACGCGCAAGUCAAAGCGAUCUCGCAGGAGUGGGCCGCGAGAAGUGCCUUGCCGAAGCACGUGGUUACGGCCUUGAACGGUUUCCCUAAGAGCUUGCAUCCAAUGACCCAGUUUUCGGCAGCUAUCACCAUCUUGAAUAGCGAGAGCGAAUUCGUUAAAGCGUACAACAAGGGCGUCCAUAAAAGCAAGUAUUGGGAAACCAUCUACGAGGAUUCGAUGAAUCUAAUCGCCAAAUUGCCCGUCGUAGCCGCCACGAUAUAUCGAAAUAUUUACAAAGAUGGCAAGGGUUUGGGCUCUGUUGAUUCGGGCAAAGAUUGGUCCUGGAAUUUCGCCAACAUGCUCGGCUACGACAAUUCUCAGUUUAUAGAACUCAUGAGGCUCUACCUAACCAUCCAUUCCGAUCACGAGGGCGGCAACGUUUCGGCCCAUACCACCCACUUGGUAGGCUCGGCUUUGUCCGAUCCUUAUCUAUCCUUUGCCGCCGGGAUGAACGGUUUGGCCGGGCCGCUUCACGGUUUGGCGAAUCAAGAGGUCUUGGUAUGGUUGGAAAAAUUACGUUCCCAAGUAGGAGACAAUCCGAGCGACGAUAAGCUCAAGGAUUUCAUCUGGAAUACCUUAAAAAGUGGCCAAGUGGUACCUGGUUACGGUCACGCUGUCCUUAGAAAGACCGAUCCCAGGUAUACGUGCCAAAGGGAAUUUGCUUUGAAACACUUGCCCAACGAUGCUCUAUUUAAGUUGGUCGCUCAAGUCUACAAAGUUGUACCUCCAAUUCUCCUGGAAACUGGAAAAGUAAAGAACCCAUGGCCGAACGUAGACGCUCAUUCGGGAGUCUUAUUGCAAUACUAUGGUAUGAAGGAAAUGAACUAUUACACCGUCCUAUUCGGAGUAUCGCGCGCCCUGGGUGUACUCGCAUCCUUGGUUUGGGAUCGUGCUCUUGGCUUGCCCAUCGAAAGGCCCAAAUCUUUGAGUACCGAUCUACUAAUGAAGGCUGUUAAAGCAUAAAUUGGAGACCGGUGUUUGCGCGCAACGUUUCAGUAUCAUUAAAACCACCAAAUCAUAUCCGCCGACCGCAAGCAACCGUUGUCGACGUUUACGAUUCAUAUCGGCGAGUACAAGAGAGCUCUACGACUCAUUGUCAAUUUAAACUUUACUUCGAUAAAACUUCGAGAAACGGGAAUCGUCUUGCGUCAUUCUCCGAUACUCGCGUCCUAAAAGAAAACGUAGUUUCAUUGGAACGUAAUACAACUGCCAAAUAUUACUGAAAAAUAUUCGCGAGAUAGCAAUCUUGAGAGAGAAUAAAUAAUGUAUUCGUGUACACAAUUGCCACUUGAUAUUUGCGCGAUCAAAUCAGGAAUAAAAGGCGAUAAAGCAAUAUCAAAGGAUUAUCCCAAUUUUAAAAACAGUUGAUAAUUAGAUACGACAUGGUAGUGUAUUAUGUCAUUUAAAACGUCAUUUUCAUCGACCGAUGAUUCGAUUAACACUGCCCACAGUUUUGCGCGAUUUUAUUUUUUCGAAUCUAUAAUACCAUGCCACCCAACCUCCGCCACAUCUCCCCCAACCCCUUUUAAUUGGUAGCAAAAUAGCUUCAUUGACUCCUUUAACCGAAUCAAAUAAAUAUCGUAGGUACGUUAGUUAACGCUAAUGGCAAACACGUGUAUGCACGGUGCUACAUGUCGUUAUAAUAUCUAACUAUUAAAUCAUAUUAGAUCACUCGCUCAGGAAGUUCACGUAUGUCGCGAUUCCUAAACCACCCUCCCCCCACCUAAUUAUAUAUACAUCCGUAACAGAAAACACUUACAAGGCUAACUAAAUACUUAAUUAAAUACCGUUCAAAGUGCUUUCUAUAGCACUGGUUGUUGGUUUUAGAUUUUCUCGAACAUAUUAAUAAAAUGAUUCGGUCUUAUACCGAACCGAUAAGAGACAUGCGUAAAUUAAGAAGGAUGACCAGUGGUAGAUCCACUGUUAUAUGAGAAUGUAUGAGUGUGUGCGAUUCUUUAUUUAUAAUAAACAUGAAAAUAAAUAGAUAUUUAAAAA